CACUGAUACCAAAAGGAUCUUACAGGGAGGAAUUGCUGGAAAAACAAAGAGAGAGUGACACUGGAAAUAUUGGAAGAGAAGAAACAGAGAGGACGUGAGGGAUGACAUAAGCAAAGAGAUGAUGAUCCCACAGCUAAAUGUCUAAAAACCUCGAGCUUUAACCAACGUACCUAAAGAAGAGGGUCCAGCCCUUAAAGUGAACCAAAGUAUCACCAAAGUAACGCCAUACCAAAGCACCCCAACCAAACCAAACCAAGUCCAGCGAGGGAGAGAGAAUCAACACAUAGAGUAUCAAGAUGAAGCUGGAGACAGCCCCAGAUAUGAGUGAGUGGCGAGAGGACGACUUUGCCCUCAACUGCACCUACAUCGUCCCUGACCAGACGUCAGACCCCAGCUUUGGCGUGCCCAAAGCCAUGACGUCCAUACCCCGCAACCUCACCUUUGAGUACAACACAGAGAAUGAGGUGACAGGCGUUUUCAGCAAAGAGUACAUUCCCCAAGGAACUCGUUUCGGGCCCCUGCAGGGUGACAUCUACACCAAAGACAACGUCCCCAAACAGGCCAACAGGAAAUACUUCUGGAGGAUCUAUAACAGGGGGCAGCUACACCACUUCAUCGACGGCUAUGACGUGCAGCGCAGCAACUGGAUGCGCUACGUCAACCCAGCACACUCGCUGUCCGAACAGAACCUGGUGGCGUGUCAGAAUGGACGUGACGUGUACUUCUACACCAUCCGGCCUGUGGAGGCCAAUCAGGAGCUGCUGGUGUGGUACAGCCAAGAGUUCGCCCAGAGACUGUGCAGCCAACCGGUAGACGAGCUCAAACAAAAACACAUAUGCGGAGAUGUCAGAGAAUCUGAGUUCACCAAACAACACCUACUUCAGCAGACCUGGCUCCUGGAAAAGAAGGACGAUAUGAAGGAUGAGAGAGAGGAUGAAGGAGAGGAAAGAAUCGACGUGGAGGUGCUGGAGAGAGACACUCCACCCGACACGCCAGACGACCAAAUCAUGGACUUCAGCCAGAAGAUGGAGAAGGAGGAGGUGACCCAGGACCACCAGGGAGCCAUACCCUCUCCUCAACCUGACCAGAGAGAGCCCAACCUGGCAUCUCACGUCUACGGUUUCCCUGAGCACCACCCUACUGCCCACUCCCCACACCGCGACCUUCCCCUCCACCUCCACGGGCUCUACAGCCACAGAGAGGGCCUAGUGUCCUCCUACCCCCUCUACCACCCCUCCAGACCCCUUCAAUCCCCCUACCAGCUUCUCCCCACAUACAGCAGCCCCCACUACCCCCAACCCCUCCUCCCCCAGUACUCCCCACCCUUCCCUGGGAUGCUCCCCUCCAGAGGCCCCCUGCAGUACAGCAGCUACCUGGGUAGCGAUGGACUUUCAUACCCCUCCAUGACCCACCAGCCUGGUCUGCUCCCAGUGCCUCUGCCCUACCUCGGAGCUACUCAGGGAGGGCUGAAGGAGAGGACCCCAAAUAUGUCACCUCCUCGUGGGGCCCCAGCCACCCCAGAACUCUCCCCCCUGCCCAAGCAGGAGCACCAAACGCCCCCACAGUCACCCUCUGGCUGUGAGGAAGCCAUGAACCUCAGCCUGGCCAUGCCAAAGAGCAGCCCCUCACCACCCCCUGCCCCUGGGCACAAAUCCCUUCCCUACCCCCUGAAGAAACAGAAUGGCAAGAUCAAAUACGAGUGCAACGUCUGCCUCAAGACUUUCGGACAGCUGUCCAACCUCAAGGUGCAUCUGAGAGUUCACAGUGGAGAGAGGCCUUACCAAUGUCACCUCUGUAAGAAGACCUUCACCCAGCUAGCCCACCUGCAGAAGCACAACCUGGUCCACACAGGAGAGAAACCACACAAGUGCACGGUGUGUCACAAGCGCUUCAGCAGCACCAGCAACCUCAAGACCCACCUACGGCUCCACUCGGGUGAGAAGCCCUACGAGUGCAAGCUGUGCAGCACCAAGUUCACCCAGUACAUCCACCUCAAGCUGCACCGACGCCUGCAUAGCACCCGCGACCGCCCCUACCACUGCCCGCUCUGCGCCCACACCUUCCUCCACCGCUUCUCGCUGCGCGUCCACCAACGCAGCUGUUGCCCCGCCUCCGCCCGUGCCCACGCUAACCCCCAUGCCCACGCCCACAUCUGCGAGCUGGUCGAGCGCUUUGACACCAGCCCCGAGGCGGACACGCUGCCUGAAGGGGCAGGGCCGGCCCAGGUGGAAGCUGCAGUGGAGCACUGGGUGGCCCGGAGCUUGGAAGGGCGAGAGGGCAAGGAGGACCAGAGUGAAGCCACCCUGCUGCUCAAGGCCCUCACGGCGGCCAUUAACACCCCAGCUCCUCCCACCACCUCAUCUCAAAGCCCUACUUCAGCCUAUCAGGAGAGGGCUAGCGUGGUACACCUCUACAACCGGCCAAUGUUGAAGAUGCAAGGGCAGUAGGGCGAAGUGGAAGGACCCUUGUGGGGAAGGAAUAAGAGAGACAUUUUUAGGGUCUACCUCCUGAAAGAAGGCCAUAUAAUGGUGCAAAGCCAGAGAACAAUCGAUAAAGUAGUCGCCAAAAAAAGUAUUUCCUAAAGGGGAAGAGAGACUAUGAAAAGCCAAUGAGAGAGCACCACCAAAACAAAGACCAUUCCAAAGACAUAGAGUUUUCUAAUUAGCUGUGAGGUACUCGUAACUGUUUUCACUCAGGUUUACAGGUGUAAUUUACAUGGGAUGUGUGAGAGAGUUUGCUGUACCCUCCUUUUUUUCUGAGAGCUUGUCAGCUAUAGUUGUUCAUUUGAGUGAUUAUUUUAAUUGUUAGCGUAAUGUUACAUGUCUUGAUACUUCCAUGGAGGCUUAUUCCUGGGAAAACCACUGGACCAUUGCCAGGAACUAUUUAUGGGAUAUUUCAUGUUUUUAUUGGUGGACAAGUCUUUGUGUGCAUUUAUUUAUUUUUGCUAAAAGGGAAGACCAAGGAUAAUUUUUUUUACUUAAAUAGUAUAUUCUAAUGUAAUGUAACAAAAUGGAAAAAAGCAAACUAAAAAUAGUCUGAAUUUUAUAAUGUUCCGGUUCGAUGCAAAUAGCUUCUCAGGACUUCCUGUGAAUCAUCUAGCGAUGUAUUGGAGGUGCAUACUUCUGCACAGAAACUUGCAAAAAAAAGAAAAAACUUUUGUUUCUCUAUUUUUCUUUGUAUUUUUGUAUGUUAAAACAUGUUAAGACAGUGCAUUUGUAUUUGAAUUUGUAAGACAUUUUUAACAGUUAUGUUUUUCAUUUAUUUGCAUUGUGUUCCUGAAUAUAUCCUGAGAUAGCAUUGUGUUUCUAGGUCUUUCUCUUUGAUUCAGUUGUUAUCUACAGACUGUCGAUAAAGCUUUAUUUCAUUUGUCCUCCAUACUGGUGGUAGAUUUGAGCCAGAACCAAAUGUAGUCUGUACUGCACAUACCCCUUUACUCAGUCUGCUCCUAGUACUACUGUAUAUAUGCUCAGGUGAAUGGCUCUAGACUCUUGUUAUUUUACCAAAACUAUCGACAAAAGUACCUCAUACGAGAGCUGUAAAUUUCCACUAGUACUGGAAAAGGCCGGAACUAGAUCCAUGUGCACCAAGGUUUCUGUUACCUAAAACAAAAAUGGUGGAACUGUUCUAACAUUAUUACUACUCUAAGUGAGUCGUGAAUACAGGGUUUUUUUGUAUACAUAUUUGUAAUUUUUGUACAGUAUGUUUGUCUAUGUAGUUAAUUUUUUGACCAAGGUUAUGAUAUGUGGAUACAUUAUGUCAGAGACUAUUUUGAUAAUACUUUUAUAAUAAAUGUAGCACAUUAAACAUAUUGUUUCUCAAAA